AAACCGGGCGCAGAGUGGCUUAGUCGCCGACCUCUGGCAAAAGCCAUCAGUUUGGGGUAAAAGAGGAGACCUAGACACCGCAAACUGAUGCUCAGGAAUGAGCAGGGCUCCCCCGGCCUCCACUCGGGUUACUCGCAGCACCAUCUUUCCGCGAGGAUCAGCGCGUCCUUCCCUCUUGAGAGUCCGGGUGGACUCAACCUGGGAGUGCGCGCCAAAAGGGCCGCAGAAUCACCGCUACCCAGGCGGGGCCGGACUCCACAGGGGCGCGCCUCCCGCCCGCCACCGCGCGCGCCCCCGAGCCGGCAGCUGAGACUGUUACCUCCGCGGUCCUCACUGGAGGACGGAGAGUCCGGUAACCCUCGCCCGCUCGAGCCCGGAGACAGCUGCUGUUGCUGCUGUGAGUGCUGCUCAAGACGAGUGGACCUCCGCGUCUUCAUCUCCUCGGACUCCUGGGGUCCCCGCUGCCUCCGUCGUCGAGACCGAAGAUUCCACUGUGUCUGUUCCUCGCUUCUCGCUUCUGCGGGAAGCAUGAGUCUAUCGGAACUUGGAACAAGAAGAAAACAAGGUAUCUCCACUACAAAACCCAGACACUAAAUGAUGGCCCAAACCCUGAAGAGCCAGGACACAACCAUGAACGACAGUGGCUGCAGGGAUCCUGUGGGAGACUCAAAAAAUGUUUUGGAAAGUGAUCUACCAGUAGACUCUCAAGCACAGGACGGCACAGUCACACGGAGCAGCACUGCAGAAGGGCAGACCCCACAGCCCACAUCUGAGCUUAAGGAAGACCACCAGGAAACAGGGGCCAAAGGUCAGGAGCAAGCACAGGACGGCACAGUCAUAUGGAGCAGCACUGCAGAAGGGCAGACCCCACAGCCCACAUCUGAGCUUAAGGAAGACCAUCAGGAAAUAGGGGUCAAAGGUCAGGAGCAAGCACAGGACGGCACAGUCACAUGGAGCAGCACUGCAGAAGGGCAGACCCCACAGCCCACAUCUGAGCUUAAGGAAGACCACCAGGAAACAGGGGCCAAAGGUCAGGAGCACGCAGACACCGGUGACAGAUCAGAAGGUUCAGAGGCACCAGCUGGAGAGAAGCCUCCACCGUGUAAAGCAGAGCUGGAGAGCAGUCUGUCUCAGGACACAGAGCAAGGGCAUCAGCCCCACUCGGAAAGUGCGGGUGGAGUCGCCCUGGAUCUGGAUCCUAACUACCCUCAAAGUGACGUGGGAGGAAGAGCAGAUGCACACCUGGAGAGCAGCUCUGCAGCCCCCCAAGAGGAGGCAGGUGACAGAGGUGAAGCUGCUCAGGAGCUACUUGCUGUAGACUCUACCGAUGCCCAGAGUCCCGGCCAUUCCAGUGCAAGCCCAGAGAGCCAGGCUUCACUGAGGAGGCGACUGCCUGCGCCAGGUCUAGAGGCCAGAAGUCAUGAAGAGGAGACACCGCUGGUGAAGGGGGAGGAGGAGGCUGCGAAGCACACACUGAGAAAGACUGAGCAAAAGAGUCUCUGGACCUAUGGUUCCAUGUUUCUUGGCUGCCUCAUCGUGGCUGUUGUGCUAAGCUCUGUCAACAGCUACUAUUCCUCCCCAGCCCAGCAGGUGCCCCAGAACCCCGCUUUGGAGGCCUUCCUGGCUCAGUUUAGCCAACUGAAGGAGAAAUUUCCAGGCCAGAGCUCCUUCCUGUGGCAGCGGGGCCGGAAGUUCCUACAGAAGCACCUCAAUAUCUCAAACCCCAGUGAGCCCGCCACCAUCAUCUUUGCAGCUGCUCGGGAGGGGAAGGAGACCCUCGCGUGCCUGAGCUACCACGUGGCCAAUGCCUACACCUCCUCCCAGAAGGUGACUGCCGUUUCCAUAGACGGAGCCGGAAGAGCCCUGCAGGACAGUGACACAGUCAAGCUGCUGGUUGACUUGGAGCUUAGCCAUGGCUUUGAGAAUGGCCACAAGGCUGCUGUAGUCCACCACUUCGAAUCCCUUCCUGCGGGCUCCACCCUGAUCUUCUACAAGUACUGUGACCAUGAGAACGCCGCCUUUAAAGACGUGGCCCUUGUCCUGACUGUCCUGCUGGAGGAGGAAACGUUAGAAGCAAGUGUAAGCCCCAGGGAAACCGAAGAAAAAGUGAGGGAUUUACUCUGGGCUAAGUUCACCAACUCCAAAACCCCCAGCUCCUUCAGCCACAUGGACUCAGACAAACUGAGCGGGCUCUGGAGCCGCAUUUCCCACCUGGUGCUGCCUGUCCAGCCCGUGAAGAACAUAGAAGAGGGAGGCUGCUUUUUGUGAAGCCGGCCAGCCAUAGAGGUGACAUGGAAGGGCCAGGUCUGAGGGCUCCAUUCCACUGGGAGGAGGUGAUUGGCAUGUGAGAGGAAACACCUGGGAGGCACGAGAUUUUGUUAAAAAAGAA